AUGGACAGCCCGUUAAACACCACAUUAGGUGCCAGAUUAAGUGCCUAUUUGGUCAUUCCAAAGAAUUUCCAAAGACAAAGAAACAGGGUGAACAAAAGGAUACUGAAAUUGCGUCAUGAGUUGGAUUUAGUCACUAAGGAUACUAAGAAUUAUCGAGCAAAGGAAAAGACUUGCAAAAUUAGUCAAGCACAAUACAAGGAGAACGACAAGUUUGGAUUAAUUGUGUUGUUACUAGCAGAAAGAGAUAUGCUUUAUGCUUUAGAAAUUAAGAGCAAUUUGGAAGUUAACAAGGCUUCUAGCCAUGAAACUUUAUUAAAGACAAAGAUUAAACGAGCAUUAACCCAUGCCUAUAAAUUGAUCAACUUGACAACAGACGACAAGGAUACAAGGAAACGGAUCGAAGUGUACAUCUAUGCAGCAUUAAUUGCCGGUCAACUAGCCAUCAUUACUAAACAAUGGUUAAAGGCUCUUAAUGCAUAUUCAAUAGCAAGAUGUUGUUUAGACUAUUUGUACUUGCAAGAUACAGAUAAAGACUCAUUUAUCAAAACAUUGUGCACUGAGCUAAUUGAAGUAUCGAUAGACCCUUCGCUAAACUUGGCCGCUUCUCAAUUGAAGGCAUUUGGAGACAUAAAGACGUUGUCUAGAAGAUUUUGUCAUGAACAACUUUUCCCCAACUUGAGUCCCGCGCUUGCGUUGAUAGACCCAAAGUUCACUGAGGACAUUACUUCCACUUUAGAUUUGAAGAAAGAUGUUGAAUGGAGAGGACACACAGCGGAAAUCUACAACGAUGAGAUUGCUCUCAAGAUUCAGGAGUUGAAUAACGAUAAAGAAUGGUUGAAAUUCCACGAUGCCAAUCAGUUUGACACAGUGAUAGCUUCGUGGAUUAGUAUCUUGGAUAUGCACAAGAAAGAUAUAGAAAAGAAUCAGGACGAUGACGACUUUGAACAGAGGCAAAAUAGAGCUAUUUUGUCAACAUAUUUGAAUUACAACUUAUUAUUUACGAAAUUGAAAAGAGAUUUGCUAUUGAUUGACCAAUUGUUGACCAAAAAGUUAGAGAACAAUAAGGACAUUGUCAAAAUAUACCAAGGCAUCAUACAGACUGUAAAAGAAUUGGAAGAGUUACCUGGUGUUUACAACGACGAAGACUUGCAUUAUUCACUUGAGCAUUUGGGACAAUACUAUGAGUACAAAAAGGAUGCAGUUAUUGCUGAAUCGUAUCAAUUUAACAGCAAAUUUGCCGAGAGUUUGAAAAUCUACGAUUAUAUAAACAAGAACCUCUAUGAGAGGUCUACUACAAAGGGAGAAGAGUAUUUCAAAGUAGAAUUCCCCUUUGAAGUGAGUCAAAACAAUGAAGUUGCACUCUUCAAAUCUGACAUUGAAAAGAAAAUUUUGCAAAGUCAAAUAAGUGCUCAGUUUCAGCAAACAAGGAAAGCAACGUGCUCAAGUUACACAGUGGAGAACAUCAACAAGUAUCCGAAUGGUUUAUCGGUGAUAAACCUUGAAAAGAUUGAGCCAAUAAUGUGCAAACCAGUAUUAUUUGAUAUAGCAUACAAUUAUAUUGGAUAUUCGGAUAAACCAAAACCAGUGGUAAAUAAACCAAAGGUAAAUGAGCCACUGGUAGAUGAUACAAAAUCUACAAAGAAAGGUGGUGGGUUAUUUGGAUUGUUUCGAAAUUAG